UCCGAUUUAGACUUGGUUCAGAAAGCAGCGGCUCCAGUGGAGGUUCGGGCUGUCAGCUAGCGCGGUAGCCAUACAAGGCUCCAUGACAGAGGAUACCGGGUUGACCCGCGGCAUCUCAACAGUCAAGUCUCACUCGGCGCCUUUGCACAGCCGACGCCGCGACUCGGUGCACGGCCGCACCGUUGCCCCGCGUUCCUCCGCUCGCGUUCGUGCUCGUAGCCGCUCAACGCUCCAGUCGCGCUGUCGGCUGAUCUCACCGACCGCUGCCUCCGCUGCUUAAUGAUCCGAGGUAGCCGAGGAUCAAAACAAGGACAAUCGCUCCAAGUUUAAGCGUCGCGCGCGCGCGCGCCUCACCGGCCAGGACCCAGCAGGUGCGCGAGGCACGGGCGCCGGGGAGAGCGACGGGACUCGGGGUGCAAGACAGCGAGAGUGGUGGCUGGGUGAACGAGGGGGUCGUCUCCAGCUCCUGGCGGACUUAACCCCUGCCAGCUAACGCUAGCUCCGCUAGCUGCAAGCAGCACCAUGGACUGGUUAAUGGGGGAGCGGCAUGUCUUUGCAUGCAGCCCGUCCUCUGCAGGAAUGCAGAGCAAAGAGGGGACGCUAAGGAAGAGAGCGCGCACGCAGACGGACGACGGGACUGCAAGGCCUUGGAGGAAAUCGAAGACAAAGCCAAAUGGGAAGAAGCCUCCAGCAGAAGAGAAGAAGCAGUACUUGGAGCCAGAGUUCACAAAAAUCCGAGUGGUGGACUUCGACCUCAAGGAGCUGGUGGUGCUGCCCAGAGAAAUAGACCUCAAUGAAUGGCUGGCCAGCAACACGACGACAUUCUUCAACCUUAUCAACCUGCAGUACAGCACCAUCUCGGAGUUCUGCACCGGGGACACCUGUCAAGCCAUGACGGCCUGCAACACAAUAUACUACUGGUAUGAUGAGAAGGGGAAGAAGACAAAGUGCACUGCUCCGCAGUACGUCGACUUUGUAAUGAGUCUUUGUCAGAAACUGGUCACAGAUGAGGAAAUCUUUCCUACAAAAUAUGGUAAAGAGUUCCCCAACUCCUUUGAGUCCUUGGUAAAGAAGAUCUGCCGGUACCUGUUCCACGUGCUGGCUCACCUCUACUGGGCGCACUUUAAAGAGACGGUGGUUCUGGACCUGCAGGGCCACCUGAACACUCUGUAUGCACAUUUCAUCGUUUUCGUAAGGGAAUUUAACCUGGUCGACCCCAAGGAGACCUGUAUCAUGGACGACCUGUCUGAAAUCCUCUGCACCCCCGCGCCGCCGCCUCUGCCGGCGCCCUCCCCCCCGACUCCGUCGCCCUCCCACUCCUCACAAAACCAUGUCACGGAGAGAUGAGCAGGGGGCAGCAGUGACACAGUAGCCCCGGGGGGGUUCAUAGAAGAUAAGACAGAGGAGAAAAGGAAAGACAGCCUGCCCCCCCCCUUUUCGGUGCCAGCAGGACUUAUGAGAUCUUCCACUACCCUUAUAUUUCGCUACAACACCUAGCCGGAAGGAAGGGGGGAGGGUUUUGUCACGCCAGCAGGAAUUGGCGUGAGCGUUCCUCCCAGGGGCAAAUCUCUCCCAUCUUCUCUGCAAUUUAAACUAGGAACAAAAAGUAUGUGUAUGUUUUUAUUUUCUGGUUUCAUUUCAUGUUUUCUUUUUUGUUUUACUGGGUUUUGUUUGUUUGUUGGGGGGGAGGAAGGGGGUGCGGUUUGUCUGUCGCCCGCUCAUCUCCCUCUAUCUAGCGCACAGUACAGGAACGGGGCUCUGCUUUGCUUCAGCCUACUAUUGUGCGGCGUUGCUGAUGUGUGAAGAGGAGGCGACUCCGCUCUCCUGCAGGUUCGAACUUCCCUCCCGCAGCCGCGGCGGGAAGCAGCCCGCAGGUGCACGGCCGCUACGCCGGCCAGUAGGGAGCCGCGGUACUGCCUGAUGCUAGCCAAUCACUGUUUGGUUUGUGUAUGUGCGGGAUGAUUAAGGCGCUUCCUACUCAGGACCUGAGAGAAUACGUCACUGCUGCCAGAGAGAGGUUGCUCUUUUUUUUUUUUCCUCUGUCCCUUGUCUCCAGACUGCUCAUUCCUCCUUAUAACAGACUCUGUGUAGUAUUGUCACAUAUUCACCUGGCGUAGCCCUAACAAACAUGUCCCAGAGCCCACCAGUAGGGGGCAGCAAAUGCGGAGAAUGUCACAAACAGGGAGACAGAGAAGAAAACACAAGGAUUGUAUGUUAGAUUUUAAUCUGAUCAGAGAAUUGACACUUUGAGACCGACUGGUGCCCACAUGUGGCUGUUUGUAAUGUUUAGCACCACAGCGGCCCCGUAAACGCCACCACCACCACCCUCUCCAGCAGCACCGAAGGACAAAGGCAUGAGGUAAUGUCUGCAGGCCCAUAGAGAUGAGAAUGAGGGGUGAGAGUGCAGCGGGCGGCGCUGUUCUGCUGCCUAACAGCCACCAGUACUCCCAGUGCAAAUGAAAACUCUUGUGGUUUUUAUUUCUACCAUCCACUGUAAUUAUUUUUUUUUAUUUUUGAAAGAAUUAUCAGAGUAAAAUUAGAUCAGAAAUAAUAACAAUAAUGGUAUCUUUACACGUGUGUAGAAAACGUCUGCUUGGACUUUAAGAAUCACAAGCGGGUUCUGUCAGGCAUAGCCUCUCUACGGAGGAGGAUUGGGUUUGUAAUUCUCCUUUUUUAUUUAUUUUUUUUUUGCAGGGUUCUUCAGUUCUGGCUCUCGUUUAUGUAUUUUAAUUAUUAACUAAGUUAAGCAAUUUAAUAUUUUAAGCUCUGCAGAUUAUAAUCUAAUAAAAGAGAGAAAUGCCA